GUCGAGGGCGGGGCCCAUUUUCCCGCUAGAAUGAUACUGAUCGAGGGACCACCUUAUCUGCUGGUCUUUCCCUUUAGAUGCGAUGGAUUGGCAACCAGAAGAGUUCCACUGCCAAUGAGAUGGUCAAUCUGUCGAUCCGGUCAUCCAGUUCAUCCAGCUCUUCUCCAAACCAGUGCUGAUUAGGAAGUUCGGCGGAGAAGCCCCAAGCUCUUUUUGCUUCUCCAUAUCCUUAUCUUUAUCGUACUCUACUGUCUAGGAACUAUUUAACGACCUCACCCCGUCCACGUUCCGGAUAUUUCUUUUUGUCUCCUUGUUCAGUCUUUCCUCCAUAAUUCCCUCCAGCCAUGCCCGCCUGGAAGUCUCUACUGAGUGCCCUGGCCCUGGCCGGGACCGCAGUAUCCUGCGCACACCACGGCGACGCCGAAGUCGUCCCGGAGCACGAGCGCGAAGAACUGCUCAAGAAGUGGGAUCAAGAGUGGUCCUUCUCCGGAAUAUCAACCUUCGCCCACCUCCGCCCCGUCAAAUGUCUCAUCGAACCCACCGAAAACUUCGACAUCGCCGUCAUCGGCGCCCCCUUUGACACGGCAGUCUCCUACCGACCGGGCGCUCGCUUCGGACCCCGCGCCAUCCGCGCCGCCAGCGCGCGCCAAUUGCCCGGGACCAGCUACAACACCCGCGCGGGGAUCAACCCGUACCAAUCCUGGGCCAAGAUCACCGAUUGUGGCGACAUCCCAAUCACGCCCUUUGACAACGGGCUCGCAGAGAGACAGAUGUACGAGGCCUUUUUGGAACUGGGAUCGCGGAAGAUCGUCAACGCGCCUGCUGGCCUGGCCGGUGCGGGGAUCGGGGCACGCCACCCCAAGCUUGUCACGCUCGGUGGAGAUCAUAGCGUUGCGCUGCCGGCGUUGAGGGCGCUGUACCAGAUCUACCAGAAGCCCAUUACGGUGCUGCACUUUGAUGCGCAUCUCGAUACGUGGAAUCCCGUGCGGUAUUCGGCGUAUUGGCAAAGUGAGCAGUCGCAGUUUAACCAUGGCAGUUUCUUCCACAAGGCUAGUCGGGAGGGACUGAUUUGCAAUUCGACCUCUGCGCAUGCGGGACUGCGGACGCGGUUGACGGGCGUUGAUGAUGCGGAUUAUACGACGCCCAGUCCCGAGCAGGGCUUUAUUCGCAUCCAUGCCGAUGAUAUUGAUGAGUUGGGCCCGAUGGGUGUGGUGGAUGUCAUUAUGCAGCGCAUUGGAAACGAUCCCGAGCAGCCCGUGUAUUUGUCUGUUGAUAUUGACGUUUUGGAUCCCUCGACUGCCCCCGGAACUGGUACCCCGGAGCCCGGUGGUUGGACUACCCGUGAGUUCAUUCGCAUUCUCCGGGGGUUGGAGAAGUUGAAUCUCGUGGGUGCCGAUAUUGUCGAGGUGUCGCCUGCGUAUGACAAUAAGGGUGAGACUACUGCACUGGCGGCUGCGCAGGUGGCCUUUGAGAUUAUUACCAGCAUGGUCAAGUCCGGUGUCGAUGAGGAGCUGGGUGGGUGGUAUGGACGUCGUGAGGAUGGUUCGGGUGGUGUUGGUGUGGUUGAGGAGGCGGAGACUGCUGCCAAGGACGAGUUGUAAAUGAUGACAUGGGAUGGAUAAAAGGGCAUUGUAUAUACGAGACUCAUGACUGUAGAUUGCAGAGAAUGAUUGAUAUGACUGAUAUGAAGCCACCACAGCGCAUUGCCUCCUGGUUACGUAUAAGCAAUCCUCGUUUGUACGUUGUAUAUCGCAGUCGCC